UCCACCACCAUUGCUAUUCCCUUUCUUCAUAGCAAAAACCGGUUGUCGUUUGCCGGUGUGGUAUGUGCUACGGACUAUUACAUACGUAAAGUUACCACCGAAAGACUAAAGCAGCCCAAACCAACUGAAAGCCAUUGGCAUUACAGUACGUUCUCUCGAGUACAUCUCAUUUUAACUCUAGUAUUAUAUUCAAUUCAACGAGUCUUCAUUACAGCAUAAAUUAAAGAUGUCUGGACUGGCACUGCAAAAACCGGCACCAGCCUUCAAAGGCACUGCCGUUGUUAAGGGACAGUUCAAGGACAUCUCGUUGAGCGAUUACAAAGGAAAAUAUGUUAUUCUUUUCUUCUACCCUCUGGAUUUUACUUUUGUAUGUCCAACUGAGAUAAUAGCAUUCUCAGAGCGGGCAGCUGAGUUUCAUGCUAUCAACUGCGAGGUAAUAGGGGCUUCGUGUGAUUCACACUUUAGUCAUCUUGCCUGGGUGAACACUCCACGUAAGCAAGGGGGACUAGGACAAAUGGAUAUCCCUCUCCUCGCUGACAAGAGUUUAAAAAUUGCACGUGCUUACGGAGUCCUUGAUGAGGAAACUGGCAUUCCAUUCCGUGGUCUUUUUAUUAUCGACGAUAAGCAAAAUCUCAGACAGAUUACCAUCAAUGAUCUGCCAGUUGGCCGGUCAGUUGACGAGGCUCUUCGUCUGGUUCAGGCAUUCCAGUAUACUGACGUCCACGGUGAGGUUUGUCCGGCUGGCUGGAAGCCCGGUAAAAAAACCAUGAAACCCGACCCCGUAGGAUCCAAGGAAUACUUCCAAAACAAUUAAAUCACCAUUUUCACAAAGAGAAAAUCAUAAUAUUUUUCAUUCUAGAGCUAAUCCAUUUCACUUUCAAUAAACCACACGAUUAAUUCCAAUAGUUUUAAGAACGAAAUUCAUUUCAUUUUCAAACAAUUGGUUGUCAACUAUCACGCUAGUCGUGAGUAUUAUUGUUUUCGUUCAAAGAAGAACAAACGAAUAAAAAGAGCAUCAUAAGAAAA